GCGCGGCGACAGGCGCUCGGGCUGGCCCAGGCGGGCGGCCCCACGCCGGCCAGCGCGGUCAACGGGACGCCAGGGAGAGCCAGGGAACGACCCAGGCCUGCCAGAGUUCAGGGGCCAUCGUCCCGGGGGCUGUGGCGCACGGGUGCUGAGGCCGGGGACGCGGGCGCGCAGACCGACUGACUUACUGACCGAUCGCUGCAGGCACGCCCCGCUCUACCCCGCCCUGCCGCGCCCCGCGCCGCCUCCCCGGCUCGCUCUCUGCCUCUACCUUCUCUACUUCUUUUCCGCCUCCGCCUCCUUCGGGCUCCCCUGGCGCCAGAGCCUUCUCCUGGCUCAGGCGGGAGCCUGGACUGUCUGCAGAGCUCUCAUAGAGUCGGGGGGCAAAUUUCCUUGUAGCAGAAAGCCAGCCCCUUGGCUGGGCGACAGGUGCCGAGGGAGCUUCUGGCCCGUGGACCGGGGGAUGCGAAGGGCGCUUGACUUGAUGCUUGAUGUCUUUCAACCGUAUCAGAAACUAAGUCUUCCAGAGGAAUACAUGUCUCUGCAUCAAAAUCUGGAAAGCGACUCAACCAAAAGAUUUAAUGCCAGGGUUCCCUCCUGGCAUCUCUUUCUCCAUCGCUGUGAGUCUGGCCUAAUCGAAGACUGAGGUUAUGAAGUCGAUCCUGGAUGGCCUUGCAGAUACCACCUUCCGCACCAUCACCACAGACCUCCUUUAUGUGGGCUCCAAUGAUAUUCAGUACGAAGACAUCAAAGGAGACAUGGCAUCCAAAUUAGGAUACUUCCCUCAGAAGUUCCCUCUGACUUCCUUCAGGGGUAGUCCCUUCCAAGAGAAGAUGACUGCAGGAGACAACUCCCAGUUGGUGCCAGUGGUAGACACAACAAACAUCACAGAAUUCUACAACAAGUCCCUCUCGUCAUACAAGGAGAAUGAGGAGAACAUCCAGUGUGGGGAGAACUUUAUGGACAUGGAGUGCUUCAUGAUUCUGAACCCCAGUCAGCAGCUGGCCAUUGCCGUGCUGUCCCUCACGCUGGGCACCUUCACGGUUCUGGAGAACCUUCUGGUGCUGUGUGUCAUCCUGCAUUCCCGCAGUCUCCGAUGCAGGCCUUCCUACCACUUCAUUGGCAGUCUGGCAGUGGCCGACCUCCUGGGGAGCGUCAUUUUUGUCUACAGCUUUGUUGACUUCCAUGUGUUCCAUCGUAAAGACAGCCCCAAUGUGUUUCUGUUCAAACUGGGUGGGGUCACAGCCUCUUUCACAGCUUCUGUGGGCAGCCUGUUCCUCACAGCCAUUGACAGGUACAUAUCCAUUCACCGGCCUCUGGCCUAUAAGAGGAUCGUCACCAGACCCAAGGCCGUAGUAGCCUUUUGCCUGAUGUGGACUAUUGCAAUAGUAAUUGCUGUGCUGCCUCUCCUUGGCUGGAACUGCAAGAAGCUGCAAUCUGUUUGCUCGGACAUUUUCCCACUCAUUGAUGAAACCUACCUGAUGUUCUGGAUUGGAGUCACCAGCGUGCUGUUGCUGUUCAUUGUGUAUGCGUACAUGUACAUUCUCUGGAAGGCUCACAGCCAUGCAGUCCGCAUGAUUCAACGUGGAACCCAGAAGAGCAUCAUCAUCCACACAUCAGAAGAUGGCAAGGUGCAGGUGACCCGGCCCGACCAAGCUCGCAUGGACAUUAGGCUGGCCAAAACCCUGGUCCUGAUCCUGGUGGUGUUGAUCAUCUGCUGGGGCCCUCUGCUUGCAAUCAUGGUAUAUGAUGUCUUUGGAAAGAUGAAUAAGCUUAUCAAGACGGUGUUUGCCUUCUGUAGUAUGCUCUGCCUGCUGAACUCCACCGUGAACCCCAUCAUCUACGCUCUGAGGAGCAAGGACCUGAGACAUGCUUUCCGCAGCAUGUUCCCUUCAUGCGAAGGAACUGCACAGCCUCUAGAUAACAGCAUGGGGGACUCAGACUGCCUGCACAAGCAUGCCAACAACACAGCCAGCAUGCACAGGGCCGCGGAAAGCUGCAUCAAGAGCACGGUUAAGAUCGCCAAGGUGACCAUGUCUGUGUCCACAGACACGUCUGCCGAGGCUCUGUGAGCCUAAUGCUUUUGUGGCUACACAGAAAAAGAAGUUCUUUUUUUAAAGCUUAAAAUUUAGAAGUCUGUUGUCCUUGGGAUUAUAUAUUUUUAAGUUACCAUGUUUAGCAAACAGUGCCUGUCACUUGUGCUUAUUUAUCAGAUUGCUGACAUCUCAAUAGUUUAGGUACUUAAACUCCACUUUUUCCAGGGGUUUACAGUGAAGAAAGCCUGUUGCUUCAGUUACUCACAGGCCCUUCAAAGUCUCUCAAAUAGAAGGGAAACCUUUGGCUACAAAAUCUGAAGUCUAAGUAACCAUAGGGAAACACCAGGAAAUGAGUAAUGCCUUUGUAACCACAAUUUUCAAGACAAUGUGGUAUGUGUCUUGUCUAUAGUAUAAAAAAGUACAUUUUUACAAUAGGUAUAGUGCUAAAGUAGAGAUACUUUGUAAAAUGUUUUAUGUCCUGUGAGUUCUGUUUCAGUGUUUAUUGUGUGGUUUUGUCUAGUUUAGCAAAACCAGAAGGUAGACUUUCAUAAGAUCAAUGGCAUAUGGGAGUAGGUAUGUACCAGGGUGAUUCCUGUUUAGAUGGUAUUAUUGUCUGUGAUACAGUUUUAGAAACCUUAGUAUUUCUUCCAGUAUCCAUAUCUGAAGUUAACAUUGAAAUAACCAUAAAAGGUUUAUUUUUCUGUUAAAACAACAAGAAGAUUUUGAAGACUAUCCAAAGUACUAAGCAGAAUUCGUGGACACUAAAACUGUGUUAGGCCUGAAUUUCCAUAUGAGGACAUUUAUUAUCUUCUGGACCACAGCAAUUCAGUUGGGUAAUGGAUUAUAAUCAAACUGGAAAAGAGAAAGCAUACUGACUUUUUAAGGCUGACAUUGCUGACUUUCUUCAGUUGUUAGCUACCACUGGACCUCUUCAGACAGCAUGUGUCAAUCUUAAUGUACACUGUUAUCACUGUGCUGUUGCUGUUUACUUGAAGUGUAUUGCAUUGUUAUGUUCCAGAUUAAGUAGAUUUCAGGCCUGGAUGGCCAAAACACAAUCUUCUUCUUUUCAAUUGAGAAGAAGUAUUGUCUGAUUCAGUGAAAUUGUACCACGUGAGUAUGACUGUAAAUGUGUGUGUGUGUGUGUGUGUGUUCUAUCUUGUAGCUGUAACUGUUACAGCAAUGUCAUAACACAAGAAAACUGACCAAGUGUGAACUGUUCCACUUGCCUCAGUCUUGAACAUGAAUUCAGUUUCUAAGAUCAAGCUCUUCAUGAAACCUUGUCUGUAAAAAUUCUGACUAAAACCUUUCAGAAAAAUCUUCCCACCUAAGUGAUUCAGUAUUCUAAUGACCUUUAGGUGUUCCAUUAGGACAGCAUUCAGCAAGGAGUUAUCAGUAAGAGGUGUAAAAGCUUAAAGGAUUCUCCCAGGGACAUGGGAGAGUGGCAGAUGAUGAGCACGUAGUAGUGAUCAACUUCAUGGAAAUGAAAACCACUAAGAGGGAGAUGUUCUAAGACCUUCAAGACCCCCUAACAGAAAUGAGUUUCAAUGGUGCAUGUAGGCAGUCAGACCCCAGGUUAAAUAGCGCUGCACACAGCAUGCUAGUCCCCAGGUCCAGCCAUUUGAAUACAAAGGGUGAGCAGGUCAGUGGGUAUGACAAAAGGGUAGUGAAAGCUGGUAACAGCCCCAUGGCUGCCUGUGUUUAGGUAAGUUUGGGCUAAUGAAUAGGCAGUGCCUCCACUUGCUGGUAUUUAGAUGUGCCAAGGUUUAAAGAUGAUGGUUGCUAGCUUCUGAUUGGCUCCACUGCCAUGGUGCUCAGAAUUGGGCCCUUUUCCAGUACAGAGAGGUAUUGCUUUUAAAAAGCGACUUGCUCCUGUUAAGUUCUACUUAGAGUCUCUCCUCCUUGUGCAUAUUCUUACCAGUCCUGAAGACUGCAUAGCAUGAAGCAGAGAGCUAGCAUCCACCUGUGAUUUCUAGUGUUUGGGGUUCCCAGACUCAAGGGGCAGUGCCCCUUUUUGCAAUCCGUGGUAAGAUGGAUGUGGCCUGAGGACCAAGCUGGGAUGUAUUUGCCUUCUGAGCCUCUUGCUUUCGUUGUCUGUGUACAGAUGAGGACUCAGGACACAGGAGUAGUAACUCCAUAAGGAAGGGUAUUAACAGAGUAUCACCAGGGGCUGGGAAUCGCCAGACUUGUCCUACAUCAACCUGAAUAUCAAGAUUCAUGUCUCUAACUACCAGGCAGUACCACCUCUUCUCACAGAUAAAAAGACCUGGUAGGAAGUUCUGAGUAUAGGUAUAUAAAAAAUCCCGAGAUUCACUUUUAAAACUGUAUUUGUGUAAAUGCCAUUUUAGUGAUAGAUUUUAUAUUGUAAUGAACUUUCAAGACCUAAUUCAUAUAAUAAGCUAAGGGACAAUGGGGCUGAUAGCACUAAACUUGGUGCUUAUUGAUACUCUAAGAAACAUCUGUGAAAUAUCAUCAUGUGUGUAUUAAACUACCUUCAUUUAAAAAAUACUUAAGAUUAGUUGGAUCCACUUUGGCAUUUCCUAUAUCAUUUCCUAACCCUAGUGACCAAAACAUUCUCCCCAGUGAAUAUAGUCAUUAGAAUUACAUUCAUUAGUAUCAUUCAUUAGCCAGCCUCUUAAUUAGAUUCAUUAAUUUCAAUUUAAUCACUUAUAUGCUCUGGCAUCAGGGUUAUCUGCUUUCCCCCCGACAUUUGUUCCAAACACGCAUUCUUCUGCUAUUACUCUCAUCUUCAAAAGCUGAUUCCCCAACUGCUCAAGUCCUGCAGCAUAAAGACUGAGUCCUGAACUAGCGGUAUCAUUUAAACAAGGAAAGCUAUCUCCAAGGGCCCCUAGUCUUUCACUGUGUACUAAACAUAUGUAAAGGAAGUGCGGAUCUGGGCAACUUAGACAUGUGCCUGUGACAGAUAAUUCCCAGGCUCCCUGAUACUGACUGUCAGGGCUAGCUGGUAUUAAAUGCCAAGGAAUUUUUGCUGUCUAAACCCACUCUGCAGGAAAUAGGCCCAACCACCAGAUGAGAGGUAGGUCUCUGGUUACUGUUCAGUUCAUUAAUUUCUGCCAUUUCACAUCCAAGAUCACUAGCAUCAUGCACAAAAUUAGAUUUCUCGUACUCUCAACUGUAUAUUUGUAUGAUAUUUUAAAAUCUCCUAAAUGGCCAUUUACAGUUGCUUUGUACAGGCCUUCUGAUAAAAUGUUAACAUACCUAUUGUAAUAUACACAAAGCAUUCUAUCUAUUGAUUUGGACUGAAUGUAUGUACAUAGGUUUUACAAACGAGUCAGAUGUUGAAGCAGUGGUUUACAGAUCAGUGAUUUUUUCAGACAGAGUUUCUUUCGAUUGCUGUGGUAUCUUAAAAAAGCAUCCUUUGUGUAAACUUACUGAACUCUAAGGGUCCUCAGGAUCAGAGUUCCCUAGUGAGUAAAUCUUUUCUUGUAAUAAUAUGAACUGAGGUACCAGAUUAUCUUAAUUCUCACUUCCAGUGUUUCAAGUGGAAAACAUAUCUCCCUAUUGUAUCUGUAAAUGGAAUAUCCUUUUUCUCUUUAAAAAUAUUGUACUGUUAGACGUUUGUUAAACUGGUAGCAUCAUUGAGAUUGCUGUGAUGUCUUUGUCAGUAAUCUGUAUAAUAUUUUGUAUACAAGUGCUGGUAAGAUUGUUCUUCAAUGUAGCUUCAGUCAUUAAAUUACUAUAGCAAAGUAGCACUUCUGUAAUAUUACAACGUAUUAAGCCUACAGUAUAUUUUAUUUCAUUGAUGUAAUUUGUUAUUUAUUCAAGAGAAAACAGUUCAUCAUGUCUAUUGUCCAAAAUUACCUGGAAUCAAAUAAAAAUUCUAGAUUAUCAUGAAAAACA